ACCUUGAUUGGAUCGGUGACAUCAGACAGCAUACCCCACCCGCACAAGGAGAUACAAGUGUAAACCUAUUAGUACUUCCCACAAAACUAGAGGUCUUGUCUUGUGCUUUGUACUUUUGUCGGUCCCACUUGUCCCGGCGUCUGAUGGCGGAAGUGGUGGGCUCACGUCCGCUCCCGAGACAAAGCAACCAUAGGGGAGAUCCCUGUGUAGUGUGGACGGAGUACUUCAGAUACUCGCACGAUCAACGUCCUCCGUCGAGAAUACAGUGUCAAUGUACAAGAAACUGCAGCUCACUCCCUUUUAUCUCUUCUGCCCCAUCUCUCCUUCAAACUGAACUAUACUCCCGACAUCAACGCAAUAAUUCUCUCAUAUAUGAUAGAUCAAGAAAUCUACCUUCAACCCCUCUCUUGAGAUAUGAUCAAGGGAAAGUAUCCAAGACACCGGUCCCUUUGACCUCCCAGCUCCAAUCACUACCCAACCCAACACGAAUCCAAUACCCACACCAGCAGCCACCAGCGGAAUCCAAUCCCUCAAGCGAGACAAUAACCGGACUUCCGGGACCACAGGGCAGAAACCGCCUAGUUGGGCGUGCAAAAGCACAGACUAGAAGGAUUUAAGGGGUGAGCAGAAACAGCCAACCCAAGAAUCAGGCACCUGGAUUAGCGAUCGACACUCCUCAACCGUCUAACUGGAUACCCCCGUCUGUCAAGAAUCACUAGUCAACUAGCACUUCAAGCCCCUAGUCACCCGCCGAGCGUGCCAAGUGACAAGUUAACUAAACCGCGGCGCCGGUCCCAAAU